AUGGCUGGGAGGAACAUUGGAGUUGCAGUGGACUUCUCAUCAUGCAGCAAAGCAGCUCUGAGAUGGGCAUCGACGAACCUUACCAGGAGCGCACUCAUCCCUCUAGCUGAGUUCUCAGAUGUCACCAAGACAUACAGUGUGUCUCCAGACAAGGAGACAAUCGAGAUCCUCACUCAAGUGGCAAAUCAGAGAGGGAUUGAAGUCUUUGCAAAGAUACUCUACGGAGACCCUGCAAAGAAGCUGUACGAAGCAGUUGACCUGGUUCCCCUCAGCUGCAUGGUUAUAGGGAGUAGAGGGUUAAGCACGCUCAAAAGGGCUCUGAUGGGCAGCGUGAGCACCUAUAUUGUUAACCACGCGGCCUGCCCCGUCACGGUUGUGAAGGAGAACAUGUAG